GGUCAUUAUUAUUCAUUCAUUUCUUUCACACUUUACUCCAGGGUGACUGACAGCUUUGAGCCACUUACACUGAUUUACCGAGCAGUUUGCGCAGCAGGGUUAUUUUCUGUCAGUUCAGGGUAAGUACUUGAUUAACGCUGCUGCAGCAGGAGGUGACAUUCGAACCCUGGUCUUUAGACGGUGUUUCGACCUGAGCGCACUGGCUCCGACCGCUACGCCAUCUGCUGGCCCUAAUAAAAAAUACUGACGGCCGCCUGUUUCUGUAGGACAGAGCUCCCAGCUCCCCCCUCCCCCAGCGGCCGCCUCCAUGGCUGACAUUCCGGGCACCGUCCAGGCCCCCGUCGCGCAGGAGGAGCUCGGGGCCGACGUGGAGUGCCCCAUCUGCUACCAGGAGUACGACCAGGGGGGGAAGUGCCCCCGCAUGCUGCAGUGUCUGCACGUCUUCUGCACCGAGUGCCUGCAGAGGAUCCAGCUGGCGCCUCCUCACGCUGCGGAGGCCCGCGAGGCCCCGGCGAUCGCGUGCCCCCUGUGCCGACACCCGACCCCCCUCGGAGCCGGCGACGCCCUCUCCUUACCCUGCAACUCGCGCAUCCUGGCGCUCCUGCCGCCCCUGGCGUUCCCCGUGGCCACCGUGACCCAGCGGGUGGUGCUGUCUGUGCAAGCGACCGACUCCCGCUUCGUCAUCCUGCCCACGGUGAGCCUGCGUGUGGAGCAGAUGAGCGCAGCGCCCCCCGGGGGUCAGGGGUUGCAGGGGCUGCAACGGCAGCGACGGGGCCUGCUGUGCGUCCAGCUGCUCGCCGUCACCUUGUGGGUCCUCUUCGUCGUGACCUGCGUGGCUGGCGUGGUGUUCGGGCCCAAAUUCUUCAAGAACUGAGAGCCAGGAGCCGUUUGGCACAGAGCCGCACGCUGACCGCUCACUGCCGCUGGGGUGCUGUGGCCAAUGGCUGCGCGAGAUCACGUGAUCCACAGAGGAUGCUGACGCUCCUUAGCGUGUUAGUCGCACGCAGGCUGCUCUCUAGCUUUGUCUUCCGUCUCACAAGCGUAAGAAGCUCACUAGUAUUCCUUCUUUUUUACAUUUAUCCGACAUGUUUCUCCAAAGCGACUUAUAACGUGAAGCUACUUACAAUUAACAACUUCUUUUUACGGGAGAGAUUGAGGAUAAGUACCUUGGUACUACAGCAGUAGGUGGGAUGCGACGUUGUGACCUUCAUGUCGGAAGACAGAGUUCUAACCACUGCGCUGGCGAUUCUGGCCCAGGUCGGUCCGUACAGGCGGCCGAGGGCAGACGGUCCUGCGGUUGACGACGAUCUCCAGUCCAAGGAGCGGAGCCUCACUGUGCCAACUGCAUGUCCAUCCCACCCGGAUCCCAGGCUCAGAUUGACAGCUUUUACUGUGUUUUGCUCCCUCUUGCAUCACUUCCGAAUGCGGUACUUAACCAAAUUAUUAUUCCUCACCAACACUGUUUCUGCUCCGCGAACGCACUGCAGGAGAACCCAGCCCAUUUCGGUGCAGAAACGGAUCACGUUCAGCAGCAGGUUCGCGAGAGCCUACCACCCCCCCCCCCCCCCCAGAGGUCCAACGUCCUACGGUGUUCUGCUUCGGCUUCUCUGGAAAAGCCUCACGCGUUCGGGUUCUUUCCGUACACUUGCUCCUUUCAGCUAGUUCCUCAGGCACUGUGAAGCCACGAAGGCUGGAGAAAGGUCAGGGCAGGAUACAGAGCAGUGCCUCACAGCCCCAGGACCCCCCGUGGCCCAAGUGGACCGUGCUGAAGUUGAAAAAGCUUCUUGUUCCACAAGAUCUAGUGAGCAGCGGAACGCCAUCCCUCUGCCCGUGAGUCGACACACCCCGGGGGGUGGUGCUGCAGAGCUUCUCCGGCAUAAGGUAGAGCUGCUGGCCUUCAGGGUGCUGUAAAUGCGACAGACGUUUGGUGCUGCGAUGUGUGCGUUGUGUGUCGUGUGCUUUAAUAAAGAACUCGUCCUCGUUUUCUCACCGACGAGUCUUGUCCCUUCUUUCCUACCUUGAGAUGUCGCACAGCGGUCGCACAGCGUUUAUGCUAGAGGGACCCGAGCUCUGAUCGCAUGCCAGAGCGUCGCUCGCGGUCUGUUGUGUCCACUCUAACGGGGUAAGAUGCCAACAGCUUAGAGUGUGAAAAAGUCGUCCAGCACAUGGAGGAGCAGGAGGACUAGGAAGACGAGGAGGACGAGGAGACGAAGAGGAGGAGGACAACAAAGACUAGGAGGACGACCACGCGAGGAGGACAAGACGACGAAGACGCGACUCUGAAUCCACGAAGGGCCCCAUUCCCCGCACAAGACAUGCAGCGGCUGUUGGAACACGCAAGGUCGCUUUCAGACCAGCGCCCAUCAUCCCCACAUCAGCAGAGAUGUUUGUGAAGUGAGCGGACAGAAAAAUUACACUGACAGCUCAUUUAAAGCCCCCCCCAUGUGGAUUCCCAUGAAAAAUAUUCAAUGAUUAACUUAUAGUUUAGCAUG